AUGACCGACACCCCCACUACCGCCGCCGAGGCUCAAGAACCGCCGCCGUUGCCGUCACUUGCUACUGCGGUUGAUAAAGAUGGAGCCGAUGCUGCCGGGACAACACCGACAGCGAUUGAGCUGCGCCACCCAACAGCCGGUACCAGUGACGCAGACCGCGUCGCUGCUGAGCAACGGCACCAUCGCAGCCCGGCCAAAAGAUGCAAGCGCAAUCCAGUGCCGCCGCCUAUCGACACUGAGAAUGCCAACCGGGAUGCGGAAAACAGCCUGCGCUCGAAGCUGCUGCUCGAACCGACGCCAGGCAGGGCGCGCCUGCAGCGAUCAGCAAUAACGCUACCCCACACCAACAGACAGAUCCUGCGACCUGAUGGUGCUGAGCCGGCUUUGGCACACAUUGGCGUGACGCUCACUUUCCACCGGUACGACUUUGGUGGCGUCACCGGGCAGGCUCUGAUGGCCAUUUUCGACGGUCACGCGGGGCGCCAGGCUGCGCAGUGGUGUGGUGACAACUUUGAGUCUGUUUUCAUCGAACUCUGCCAGGCAAACCCGGAAACCAGCAUCCCCGAGCUCUUGAACAACGUGUUUGUCGAAACCGACAGGCGGAUUGCCGAGCUGUAUAAGCAGUCGGGAACCACCGUGGUCGUAUGCUUUCUGCAGGUCGCCGAGGACAAUACGCGGACCCUGCUCAGCGCAUUGCCGGGUCAGGCGGCUACUGUCUUCAAUGGCCGCGUCAACGGCGUGCUGGCUGUGACACGGGCCCUGGGCGACUCAACCCUCAAGCCCUAUGUUAUCAGCAAUCCGUUCACCACAGAGACUGUAAUCGAGGACACCGACGACAUGCUGAUCCUGGCCUGCGACGGCCUGUGGGACGUGUGCUCGGACCAGGAGGCAUGGAUGGCGAGCCAGGUGCUGCUGGACUAUGCGCUGGACAACGAGAGCAUGGAUAAUAUCACCACCAUGGUCUUCCGUCUGCCGCACCCGCCCUCCACACCCUCAGACACGCCAUCGCCUGCAUCCGCCCUGCCUUCAUCGUCCUCGUAG